AAACGUAUGAGUUGAAGCUAGUGUGUGGAGUAAAUAAAUGGAAUAUGCAUUUAUUCAUAUCAUAGUACAGUCGUAGCAGUAGAAUAGACACACAUGAGAGAUCAUCCACAGUGAAUUUAGAGAUAGAGAGAGAAAGGGAAAGCUUAGCUUUACAAUUCCGCAGCACUGAGAACAAAGAGAUGCAAUGGGUCCAUACUCUUCUUAGCUACCAAUUAUAAACCCUUUUUAUUUUGGUACCCAGACACGAUCCGCUUCUGCCGCUUCCAUCCGCCACCAUACCGGCCCCGCACCGCCCUUUCUCCGGCCACCACCACUUUCUUAGCUUUUAUUUCUGUCUCUUUGCUUGAUUUUACACAUACCUUUUCAUCGGCAUAGCUAGCUGGCUAGCUAGGGAAAGAAGAUGGACGAUCACUACGGGAUGGCGGAUCUGAGACAGUUUAUGAGCAACACGUCGCUUUUCACUUCACUUCCGCCGCCGCAGCAGGCGCCGGCGGACAUGCUGUCGGCGCACCACCAUCACCACCAGUACGAGAUGGUCAUGGCGCCGAUGAUGGUGUCGGCGGGGGGCCCUCACCAUCACCAUGAGUUCCUUGCGGAUUCCAGAACCAACGCUGCCUCAGCUGGCGGCGGCGGAGGUGGGGUGGCCAGUGGCGGUGCUGGGUUUACUGGGCUGGAGCUGGUGGAGAAUGGAGCCGGCGCCGGCGGGCUUGGGUUCGACGGCGGCGGCAACGGGCGGUGGCCUCGGCAGGAAACGCUCACUCUUCUUGAGAUCAGAUCACGACUUGACUCCAAAUUCAAAGAAGCUAAUCACAAAGGUCCUUUGUGGGAUGAAGUAUCUAGAAUAAUGGGUGAGGAGCAUGGAUAUCAAAGGACGGGGAAGAAGUGUAGGGAGAAAUUCGAGAACUUGUACAAAUAUUACAAGAAAACCAAAGAAGGGAAAGCAGGAAGGCAGGAUGGGAAACACUACAGGUUCUUCAGGCAGCUAGAAGCUCUCUACGGCGGAGCAGAUCAAACCAACCACCACAACAACACCAGCGGUGCGGCGGCCGACUACGUCAUGGGGACCCAUAAUCAUCAUCAGACUGACUCCGGCGGAAACACUAGUUUCUACGGCGGAAACCCCGUCGGUGGCCAAGAGAGCUACACCCCAUACCGCCAAGCAGAACCAUCAAAGCUCUCCGCGGACAGCCUGAGCCUCUCCAAUAAUGGUUCUUUGGACUUGGGCUCCACUUCGUCCGAUGAAGACGACAACGACAGUGGAGAAAAGAAGAGGAAGGGGAGGCGGAGGCGAUGGAAGGCGAAGAUAAAAGAACUCAUAGACGAGAAGAUGAGAAAGCUCAUGGAGAAGCAAGAGGAGUGGUUGGAGAAAAUAAUGAGCGGGAUGGAAGAGAAGGAGCAAGAGAGGAUGGUGAGGGAAGAGGAAUGGAGGAAACAGGAGAUUGACCGGAUGGAGAGGGAACAAAGGUUCUGGGCUAAUGAAAGAGCUUGGAUCGAAGCGCGUGACGCCGCUCUGAUGGAGGCGUUGUACAAAUUGAGCGGGGGCGGUGGCAGUAACAAUAGCAGUAACAGUAACAAAGUUGCUGAAAUAAUAAUGUCAUCCUCAUCUCGACGAGCUCCCGACGAUGAAGACGAGGAAGAAGUGGUGCCUCCCCCGCCCGUUACGCCUUUCGACGAACAAAACUGGGCUGCUGCAUCAGUGGCAGGAGGGGAUAACACUCACAAUGAGAUCACCAAGCUGAUCCAGCUGAGGACUAAUAUGGAGUCCAGAUUCCAGCAGCAUAUUGGGUGUUCAGAUGAUGUUUUGUGGGAGGAGAUUGCUAACAAGAUGUCUUGUAUGGGCUAUGACAAUGCUGCUGCUUCCAUGUGUAGAGACAAGUGGAUCAGCAUUAACAACUACUUCCUCAACAAGUGCCACACCCUCAACAACAACAGCAAAAAAAGGAAAGAAAACAGUUCUGAAAAUUGUUUUAAUAAUUAUUAUUAUAACAAUAACCACCUCUUCCAGAACAGCCCCAACAACAAUGAUCCUCAUCUUCAGCAUGGGGGUUCAUAUUCUGCUGCUGAUCAUCAGCAAGAACAACAACAACACUCCAAUGAUGAUCAUCAUCAACCUAAUGGCAGUCUUAGGUUCUUGAUGGGUGACAACCACAUUAAUGCUGAGAAUUUGUGGGAGAGUUAUGUGUUGAAACCGAGCAAAGGGGAAGAAGAAUAGUCCAAAAGACACAAACCGGCAAGUCCUGUAAAACAUCAUUAAUUAAUUAAUUUAAGGUAUGUAUGUCUUGCUGCUGGUAUGGCUUACUGGUUUUUCAAGCUUGCUAGCUGGUGUAGUUGGGAACUUGGGAUAUAGAUGAAGAUCCAUCGAUCGAUCGAUCGAGAAGAGAGUAAAAUUAAUUGAUUGCAAUUUGGAUUGAUUACUGUUAAACUGAUAUUUUUAAUUAUAAUAUAUUAUUACUAUUUUUUAUUGAAUUAGAAUAUAAUUGAUCUGAUGGAGUUCUUUGAUCUGUUUUUAC